CAAUAACCCUGCGUACUUCCUUUCCCAAAACCUAUCUAUAUCUAUCUCCCCAUUUCUCCCCUGCCGUCUCCAUUAGAGAGAAAACUGAAAAAAAGUCUACUCCCAAACAUAAAAAUGGUGAAGUGUAUGAAACCAGGUAAAGCAGUGAUCUUGCUACAAGGGCGUUAUGCAGGUAGGAAGGCAGUGAUUGUGCGCAACUUCGAUGAAGGAACUCGGGACAGACCAUACGGACACUGUCUUGUUGCUGGAAUCAACAAAUACCCAAAAAAGGUGAUACGCAAAGAUUCAGCAAAGAAACAGGCUAAGAAAUCGAGGGUUAAAUGCUUUGUUAAGGUUGUUAAUUACACUCACAUCAUGCCUACUCGUUACACUCUUGAUGUAGAUCUCAAGGAUGUUGUUUCUUCUGAUGUUCUUCAGUCUAAAGAUAAGAAAGUUACUGCUGCUAAGGAGACUAAGACAAGGUUUGAGGACAGAUUUAAGACUGGAAAGAAUCGUUGGUUUUUCUCCAAACUCAGGUUCUAAUUGUGGGUGUUCAUUCUGUUGAACGAACUAUGUUUAUCAUAUUAGAUCUAUUUACUUUUUAGCCAAUUUUAAGGAUUUUGUUUAGUUUUGAUGUCAUUUAGAGGAUUUAGUGAUACGGGAAACCCUUUUAUUGAUGUUAAGUUUGAUAAA